UUUCAAACCACAGGCACCUCCAUAAGAACAUUCUACACCGUAAAACAACUAUACAUGAAUCCAUAGAACCAUACUUCUAAUUUUUCUUUUCAUCCUGUUUUUUUUAUAUAGUGAGAUUGACAAAGAGCACGAUAAUAAGCUUAACGGGACUAAGUGUAACGAUUAAUCCUACAGUAUCUUUUUGUUGCGCAACUGGACAUACGAUCCUUAGUAAACAUGAUGUCCGUAUGAGGAAAACUCCACAGACAGCGGUACGUAGGAAAACCUUGAAAGGGAAAUUGCAGACCACACUACAAGAAAGGCAUACUAGUCCCUCGCUCAUUUCAAAUGACAGAGUACUGAGUUUGAUCUAGCAAACCCUUUAUAAGUCGGAAAUCUUUCUUUUUUUUCCACUUUACAGAGUUAGAAGAAGACGGCCUUUUUGAUUGAAACAUUCUCCAUAUGGAUUUGUCCAUUGCUACACGAAAAGGAGCAAGAUAUUGUUUGUUUACUCUUUAGUGAAACCGAAAGAGCUGAAGCAAACAAAGCUAUUAGCAUGCAGCUUUACGUUUUCUUAUUAGGUGGUUAACAAAUGCGCACCAUGGUGAAGAAUACGAUUUCACGACUAUGGUAAAACACGGUAAGUUCCAAACAAACGCUUUUUCAACGCGUUUUUUACCUAAACAACAUCGGUUUCUUAAGUGCCAUAGAUUGAAUGCAUAGAAGGUGCGUUUCAAGGAUUGACGUCUAUUGAUUGUUCCUGAAAAGUAGAGCUCGCGAAUCGAAGAACCACUGCAUUGAAUCGCACCAUUUUGGAACGAUGAGUGAGUAUCAGGAACUGAUGGAUUCUACGAUUGUCAAUGAAAGUGAUUCCAAAUUUGAGAUAUUUAUUCCAUCCAAUGGCUCCAAAAAAUGGAUUUCCAAAGAGGAAUGUCCUGGAUUUUUGGAAGAUGCUUGGCUUUUGAAGGCAGCAAGUCAUAAACGCAAGCUAGACCACUCGCUCGACGCUACUUUGGAUGCAGAGCAACCUCCUCUUAAACAACACGAGGUAAAUUUUCUUCAUCAAGGAUUUGACCCAGCAGAAAAUGACUUUCUGACGCAAGAUGUGGGCGAGUAUCCAUCAACGCAGCAACUGUUCCCUAUUAACGAAUCGUCCAACUCGGAUUCGCUGUCAUUACCUUUCCCAGGAUUUUCCAAAACAAACUCUUCCGUUUUUGAUGUCGGACUCCCUAUGUCUUCCAUCCAACGCAGAAUGAUGCAUCGCCUUGUCCAGUAUUUUGCUUUCUGCAUCGACCACUUUUGCACGGGUCCAAGUGAUACACGUAUACAGGAAAAGAUUCGCCUGUUUUUGCAAUCGGCUCAUAAAAUCGCCAAGCAUCCUUGGCUUUACGAAAAAGAGGUUCGAGGUGAUUCAGACAUGUUGUCUGCUAAACCAGAUGAGGGUAAGCCUAUUUCCGUGCCGAACAUGUCAGACCAUGCCGAAGCCUCCUCUAAGUUCAUUUUUAUCGGGAAAUUAUUAGAAUCGAUUUCAUCAAAGCUUUGGAUACCUCUAUUCUGCUUUGUUUCAAACGAUGUUCUUGCUACUUUACUCACUACAUGGCUGUCUUCAACAUCUCUUUCGGUAAAAUCUUGGUCACCAGAGACACAAAUGCAAGAUAAUAAAGAUGUUUCAUUAUGGGUAUGCUCUUCAAGACACGCUCCCUCCACAGCUACUCUGUUUAAGUCUGAUGUCCGUUUUGGUGCUGUAAUUUUCUACGAUAUGGAUGCCUAUAUGGGUGUCACUAGCACUCUCUCUUCAUUUCCUUGUCCAAUUCUUCGACUUCUUCAUAUCAAUUCUGUGGAACAUGUCAUCAGAAGCUUCCAAUCUUCUUAUAAUGCAAGCUUUCUUGUCAACAUUGUCGGCGUAUUGGCUGCUCUCAAUUCUUCUACUGAAGAAAACGCCCAAGUCGCUGACCUCAAUGUGUUUUCGAACCGUGCCGAAAGUAGCGGCGCUAUUGUUGACGCCAGUGCAAAUCAUUCACACCUUUUCGACGUUGCAAAUGAAGCCGCAGAUAAGGUAGCUGAGUGGAUUGUUAAUGAUAGCGCACCUAACUCGUGGCCGUUACAGCCUUUAGUAGACCUCGCGAACCUAGCUGUUGCCGAACCCAAACCUUCUCAAGGGUCUCCGUCCCGUAUCGAUGAUACUAUCUUAAAGUCUUCGGACGAUAACCUUUUCACCCCCCAAAUAUCUCAAACGCCUUCUAAAGGAUCUCAGGAAGUAGCUUCGUCAAUCUCGAAACCGACGAUUCAAACAUCUCAAUCACAGCAAGAUCCAGACGCCUCUGAUUUUGGAAACAAUUACGAUUUACAGGGAGCCGCUGUUCAAUAUCUGCAGAGAAGAUUACGAAUGGUUGAAGAUGAGUUACAUGAAGCCGUCAAUGUGAAAAACAUAAAGCAAAGUCAUGCUGAUGAAUUGGAACAACAAAUAGCUAAACUUACAGAUAAUUUACAAGAAUAUCGAGAACAAGUGCGAGGACUUAAAAUUGAACUUGAAAAAUCCCAGAAAAAUCUCGAAGCAGGAAAGAAGAAUGAUACCGAAAGGUUAAAAGAAGUUGCCGAUUUAAAGCAACAAAUUACAAAUUUGUCUAAGCAGUUGAAUUUUGGUUUCAAGUUUAUUCAAGAUAUGCAAGAAGACGAACUUCGUGCUCGACUCCUAGAAUCCAAUGAACAGAAAUACAAACUUGGCCAGCUUAAUAAAACCCAAAAAGAAGAUUUGGAUUUUAUUACGCAGCAAUAUCAAAAUGCCUCCGUCUCUGCUAGCGAACAAACUAAGGAAGUUGCUAGACUACAAGCGGAAAACGAACGACUUAAAAUGAUUAAUGGAAAAGCUAUGGAAGAAGUCAAAUCCUACAGUGACGCCAGAGCUGAUGCUUUACUUGCUAAAGUUUCAUCCCUUGAAGAGUCUCUCGCUAUUUUAAAGAAAAAGACCUUACCACCUCUUUAAAAAACGAUUAAAAGAUUGAGUUGAUCAAUUAAGAUCCUCAGCUAUUUAGUUAAUGUAAGUUUUAAUGAUUAUCAUCUAGACGAUUAUUGUUAGAGAAGUCUAACCCAUUAAUAAUAUACGUUUCACCUAUGUAUAUCUCAACAUAGUGAAUAUGGAUAUCUGCUUUGAAGACAUUUGGACGUAGAGUGAAUGUGAAGUAAAAAUCUUGAUUGCAAAGAAUAAACAUUAUUAUUGUCAUACUUUAGCCUUUCAUUUGUAUCGCCCGAUCUAGAAUUGUAGGCUUUCUAAUUUCUUUUUUAGCUCUAUCCAGAGCCAAGGUACCGUUACACUGUUGAAGAAUCUCGAAAACAACAUCGUCAUCAUUUAAAUACACAACAGAGUGCAUAUCAAAAUCAAUGAUAGCGAACUUUAUUACAGAGAAAAUAUUGUCCGGGUACAUGGUUCGAAAACGCAGCCGCUCUCUAGUAAUAGCAAAUCUCUCUCCCGGCUUUAUCACAAAUUUGAAAGGAAUGCUAUGCAUUCGAGCGAUAUCUUUAUGGAAAUGAUAGACAACUAUUACUCUCUCAUCGUCCUGUAAAUUAAUUUCUUCUUCGGGUAUAACCUCUCC